CAACAAAAUUUUGAUAACUGCGCUGCACGGCAGCCAAGCAAACCACCGAAACUGCCAAGGGUUUCUCAGAUAGUUGGUUUCCCCUUCUUUUUUGGGACUUAGGAUAUUGGAAAAGCUGGAAUUGUGUCAUAUUUGGGUAUCCGCAAAUCCAAAAUGGGUAAAGGAUCAAGUAAACUGAGUGCAGAAGAAAUAAAAGAGCUUCAAAAGGCAACUUAUUUUGACAAGAAGGAGAUACAACAAUGGCAUAGAGAUUUCAUGAAAGAUUGCCCCAGCGGUGCACUGGGGGAAGAGGAAUUCCAGACGAUAUACCAACAGUUCUUCCCCUACGGGGACCCAUCCAAGUUUGCAGGAUUUGUUUUCAAGGUGUUUGACUCAAAUAAGGAUGGAAGUAUUUCUUUCAAGGAAUUCAUUUGUGCGCUAUCAGUGACAUCGAGGGGGACGUUAGACGAGAAGUUAGAUUGGGCUUUUGAUUUAUAUGACUUAGAUAAAGAUGGUUUCAUCACUAAACAAGAGAUGCUACACAUAGUAGAAGCAAUAUACAGGAUGGUUGGCAAUAUGUUAGAUCUUCCCCAUGAUGAAGAUACACCAGAGAAGAGAGUGCAUAAGAUAUUCACACAAAUGGAUAGAAACCGAGAUGGAAAGCUAACGAAGGAUGAGUUCAGGGAAGGAUCAAAGUGUGAUCCCUGGAUAGUCCAAGCACUCUCGUUGGAAAUACCCCAUGACAGCAACAGCGCCUCCUAGCAAUCCCAUGAUGACAUCAUCAUUUGAAUAAAUGAAAUAGAGCGUGUGACCUGCAAAGCCAAAAGGACUUUUCUCCUUAGCACUUGACGUGUAUAACUCCCUUUUAAAAUGUUCAUAGUUAUUAAUAAAGAACGGAUGAUUUCAUCGACAUCAUCAUCGAUGAAGUGAAACUGCAUAUAUUGAUGAAGGAAACAAAUCACUUGUACUGAUGAAAGGAUUUUUCACCCUCUACACGUGAAAUUUGCUUCGCGGUUCAUGUGCGUGGCAAACUUAUUCUACAUCUCAGAAAUUUGAAUACCACAUGUGCUAUACUCAUUCGGUCUUCAAUCAAUUUAAUUUCAUCUUUUAAAAGGUGAUAUAAUCAUUACUGAAUUAGAUUUUGUGAUCUGGAAUGCAGUGCUUAUGACCUUUGACACUUGACCUUAGUAACUGGCUUCAUAGCUUAUAUCCUAGAAAUAGAUGAUUACACCAAAAUCGUCAUCAUCAACGAAAUGGACUUAUUCAAGAUUGUGCGAUCUGCAUUGUAAUGCAUAUGACCUCUAACCGUUAACCUGUGUGCGUUGCUUCAUAGCUUGUGUGCUUGACUCAGAAUAUGCUGUUAAUCAAGAUCAGCACGCAGGGAUACUAUUCUCCACAGUUUGCAAUUAUACCGCAGGUGCUUUUGGUAUAACUGUUUAAUAAUUUAAUAUCAAUGAUAGGACCCUUUUAAUGUAUUGCCAAAUUUCCAUGAAACUGCCUUACCCCUCUGUUCUUAAGCUAAUCCAUCAAAGAUGUAAUAAUAUGGGUCUAUUGCUAGGCUCAAUGGUCCAUUUUCUCAAAAUUGGUUUCAUUUGUGCCAUGAUACAAAAUCAUGGUUUGUGCAGAUUUCAUUUAUGAUCACAUGUCAUUUAGGCAUCCUUUGCUGGAAGCGUGCAUUUAUGAUUUGACUUUUCUUAGUGUAUGUGAUGAAAUCAGUGUAAUAAUCAACAAAAAAUCUGCAUAGUCCAUGGUUUUUUAGUGUCUUUUGAGAAAUGGGUUAAUUGGUAGAAUUUACUACCGGUAUGUGUUUUAAAUUGUAGACCAUGGACUUUUAAAAGUUUGUUUCUUACAUGUAGGUACAUUUACUUUCAUUAAGAUAUGCACUUGAAAUAAUCUAAUGACUCCUAGUAAAUAAGUGUGUGUUUUUAUAUAAGCAAGGUUUGUACUUGUUGCCAUGGUAUUGUCCAUGGACUAAUGCAAGUUUGAUGGAAUUAACUAAAUCUGUGUUAGUCCAUGGUUGAAACCAUGGCAACUGGUGUAUAUCUAGUGCAUUUUUUCAAACACACAUACCUUACCAGGGAUCACAAGAUCAGUUUAAGUGAAGUUUAAAUAGUCCAUAGUCUAGAUUUAAACUACCUUUUUGAAUUCCACCCAAGCUGAAUUAUCCUAAAUCCGUUUAUCUAUAUUCUGCAAUUGGAUUAGCCAGGUCUGGGA